ACUGAUCGCCAACACCACUCGAGUCCAAACUCGUACUCGACAUGAAAGACUUUACCGAUCACGUUGGGUCGAACCCGAUGACUCCAAGAGAAGCGUCAUCCACUCCUUCUUCACAGCUCCACUCCCCAUCUUUAUCUCGAUCACCACUUCUCAACUCACCAGACCACCCACAAGCCGUCAACAAACCAAAAACCGGCCACAAGAUUAAGUUUUCCAACACCCCGCCAGUGGUCUCCGCUCCACCGUCCCAGAUGCACUCACCGUCCAUGUCACGAUCACCGUUUCUUGGUACACCAGACCGGCCGGUCACAAUGCCGCCAAGUGGGGCUAGAACGCCCAUGGCUUAUAUCAAGUCUAGAAAUCUGACACCAAGAUUUUUGACACCUUUGGGCAGCCCUUUAAGAAAGGCUCUUCACCUCACCAAACUGGACCCGACUGAUGCAUGGCUGCCGAUAACCGAAUCAAGAAAUGGAAAUGCUUAUUAUGCAGCCUUUCACACACUUUGUUCUGGGAUUGGGAUUCAAGCACUCGUUCUUCCUGUUGCUUUCACCAUUCUAGGCUGGACAUGGGGAAUCAUAGCGUUGACUGUGGCGUUCAUAUGGCAACUUUACACUUUGUAUUUGCUGGUAAAUCUCCAUGAAUCACCUGAAACUGGAAUCCGAUACAGUAGAUACCUGCAAUUGGCAAAUGCCGCCUUUGGUGAAAGGUUAGGGAAGACGUUAGCGUUAUUUCCGAUCAUCUACUUAUCAGCGGGUACAUGCGUGGCUUUGAUCAUCAUCGGAGGGUCAACCGCGAAGAUAUUCUUCCAAGUCGUGUGUGCUGCCUCUGAAUGCAAAGCAGAGACACUUACGACUGUGGAAUGGUACUUGGUGUUCACCUGUGGUGCAGUGCUCCUAUCGCAACUACCGAAUCUAAAUUCGAUAGCUGGUAUCUCACUUGUUGGAGCGAUCACAGCCAUUGGAUAUUGUACAACGAUAUGGGCUGUGUCGGUAGCGGAAGGCAGACUCCCAAACGUGUCGUAUAAUCCUAUUAGAAUCGGCAGUGAGGUUUCGAAAGUUUUCGAUGUCCUAAAUGCCCUUGGUAUCAUAUCUUUUGCAUUCAGAGGACACAAUCUUAUAUUGGAAAUUCAGGCUACAAUGCCCUCAAGUGAAAAGCAUCCAUCAACAGUUCCAAUGUGGAAAGGUGUGAAGGUUUCAUACACACUUAUUGCUUUGUGUUUGUUUCCUCUUGCAAUUGGUGGUUAUUGGGCUUAUGGUCAAUUGAUUCCGCCAAGUGGGAUGUUGCCCGCGCUAUUCAUGUACCAUUCACAAGACGUGGCAAAAUCAAUCCAAGCAUUAGCAAGCAUACUCGUGAUCAUCAAUGCCCUCAGCUCGUUCCAAAUCUAUGGAAUGCCAAUAUUUGAUGAGCUAGAGUCGAUAUAUGUCAUAAGGUUUAAGAAGCCAUGUGCAUGGUGGCUCAGGGCAAUCAUAAGAACAGUGUUUGGGUUCACUUGUUUCUUUGUUGCGGUGGCCAUCCCAUUUCUAGCGAGUUUGGCGGGUUUGGUUGGUGGGAUUGCUCUCCCGGUGACAUUGGCCUAUCCAUGCUUCAUGUGGCUAAAAGUCAAGAAACCGAAGGUUUAUAGUCCCAAAUGGUGGCUGAAUUGGGGACUUGGGCUUCUUGGAAUGUGCUUAAGUGCACUCUUGAUUGCUGCUGGGGUCUAUGUCACCAUUGACAAUGGUAUCAAGUUCAAUUUCUUCAAGCCCGAGUAAAGGGGAAUGAGAGUUUGUGAGGUGCCAAAUUGCAGUUUGGACCAUUUGUUUUCAACACAACUUGUAUGUAUUUAUUUGUUUGAGGUUGUAGUCGUGCGACAAUCUUUGUUCGACCACGACCUCUUUUAUCAAAUAAGUUCAGUCGUUUGCUUCUUUUACGUGUAUAAAAGAUAGUUUUGUUAUAGA